UCUCGAGCGACUCAACGCUUCUCUGCUCUGCUCUACUCUCCUCUGUUUCUCAUACAGAGACCGCCGGAGGCUGAACAAACGGCGACUGCCGGAAUUAGCAAACGGAGCUUCUUAAUUCAAGGCGUACAGAGAACGCUGGAGUCUGAACAAACGGCGACUGCCGGAAUCAGCAAACGGAUCUUCUUAAUUGAAGGCGUACAGAGACCGCCGGAGGCUGAACAAACGGCGACUGCCGGAAUCAGCAAACGGAGAUUCUUAAUUCAAGGAUUAUUAUGGCUAUUCCGGAAGAAGCUAUUGCUGCGGCAUACAAUUUUAUUGAUCAAGGAAUCCAAGACAUGCGUGCACAGCAAGAACUGUUGGAAGUUGAUUUAGCUCAUAUUUUGGCAAGAUUCCACGCCUUAGAAAAUAAUCAUCCCCUCAGAAACCACUUAAGAAUUUUGGCGCGUAUAAUUGUCGUGAGAUACAUGAACUAUUUGUUAAUGGCUGAUUCUUAUACUCUUAUAAGAAUUCAGCUAAGUUGGUUGGUGUUUAUCCGAAGGCAAAUGGAUGGGCUAAUGGACGUGAUCAAUGUAUCAAAUCUAUUGGUAGAACAAAUUGCUGGCAUAGCUAACGGGAUUACAUUGGGUGAUAUGGAUGGAAAUCAUGCCAAUUCGGUAGAAACCGUAAAUAACAUCAGUAAUAUGAUACAUGUUUUAGCUGUAGGACUAGGUUUGGAUGGUAAUGCAGAGCUUCAGGUCCCUAAUAAUUUUGUUGAACACGUGAUGAAUGUAUUGUUCACUCCAUAACAGUGAAAGACAAAGAAUGCAGUGGAUUUUUUUAGUACAUAAGUAUCACGAGGUUUAAUGGAAACUAGUGUAGUGACCCAUGCGGAAGACAAUUUUUUCUAUUUGAGAAUUGUCACUCAAACCAAUUCAGUAAA